GCGCCGUGCGCCGGGGCCGAACGCUGCUGACCGCUCCGGUGCCCGCUCGCUGCCGUCAUGCUGCGGCUGCUGCUCCCGCUGGCCGGCCUGGCGGAGCUCCUCUGUGCGGCGAAUAUACCCCGGAGGACUUUUGGGAUUGAUUAUGACUGCAACUGCUUUGUCAAGGAUGGGCGCCCUUUCCGUUACAUCUCUGGCAGCAUUCACUAUUCCCGGGUGCCUCGGUAUUACUGGAAAGACCGCCUCUUGAAGAUGAAGAUGGCUGGGCUGGAUGCAAUUCAAACGUAUGUACCAUGGAACUACCAUGAAACCCAGAUGGGCGUGUAUGAUUUUUCUGGUGACAGAGAUCUGGAGUAUUUCCUGCAGCUUGCUAGUGAAACUGGCUUGCUGGUGAUUCUAAGAGCUGGACCUUACAUCUGUGCAGAAUGGGACAUGGGUGGUCUUCCUGCAUGGCUGUUGGAGAAGGAAUCUAUUGUUCUGAGAUCUUCUGAUUCAGAUUACCUGACAGCAGUGGAGAAAUGGAUGGGGGUCCUUUUGCCAAAGAUGAAGCCUCACCUCUAUCAAAAUGGAGGUCCAAUCAUCAUGGUGCAGGUGGAGAAUGAAUAUGGAAGCUACUUUGCUUGUGACUAUGACUAUCUGCGUUCCCUUCUGAAGAUCUUUCGCCAGCAUCUUGGGGAUGAGGUGGUGCUGUUCACAACUGAUGGUGCAAGCCAGUUUCAUUUGAAAUGUGGAGCUCUUCAGGGUCUUUAUGCGACAGUAGACUUUGCCCCAGGUGGAAACGUCACAGCAGCAUUCUUAGCUCAAAGGAGCAGUGAACCUACAGGCCCUUUGGUUAAUUCUGAGUUUUAUACUGGAUGGCUGGAUCACUGGGGGCACCGUCACGCUGUUGUACCCUCACAAACUAUAGCUAAAACUCUUAAUGAAAUCCUGGCACGUGGUGCUAAUGUUAACCUGUACAUGUUUAUAGGUGGAACUAACUUUGCCUACUGGAAUGGUGCUAAUAUGCCUUAUAUGUCACAACCCACUAGUUAUGACUAUGAUGCUCCACUAAGUGAAGCAGGGGAUCUGACUGAAAAAUAUUUUGCCUUGAGGGAAGUCAUUGGUAUGUAUAACCAGUUACCAGAAGGUCUUAUCCCUCCAACAACAUCCAAAUUCGCCUAUGGGAAUGUUCGCUUGCAGAAGGUGGGCACUGUGGUGGAGGUUCUUGAUCGACUGUCACCUUCUGGACCAGUGAAAAGCACUUACCCAUUAACCUUUGUUCAGCUCAAGCAGUAUUUUGGAUUUGUACUGUACAGAACGAAGCUUCCGAAAAACUGCACAGAGCCAACACAGCUGAGUUCACCUUUAAAUGGAGUCCAUGAUCGUGCCUAUGUCUCUGUGGAUGGGGUUCAGCAAGGAAUCCUUGAAAGGGACAAGUCAUUAGUGAUAAAUAUAACUGGGAAUGCUGGAGCAAAUCUGGACAUCUUAGUAGAGAAUAUGGGCCGAGUCAAUUUUGGAAGAUUCAAUAACGAUUUCAAGGGUCUGGUUUCAAAUUUAACUCUUGGUCAAGAUAUACUUGUUGAAUGGGAAAUGUAUCCCCUAAAUAUAGACGGAGCAGUGAACCAUUUCAUUCAUGGCUACCCUGGCCAACCAAAGAGAUCUGGUGGCAAUCCACCCAGUUACGAAGCACCUGCCUUCUACACUGGUACACUUUCAAUUCCUGGAGGGAUUCCAGACUUGCCUCAAGACACCUAUGUUAAAUUUCCUGAGUGGACAAAGGGGCAAAUUUGGAUCAACGGCUUUAAUCUCGGUCGCUACUGGCCAGCCCGUGGCCCUCAGUUGACCCUUUUUGUUCCAAGGAAUAUACUUGUUUCAUCAGUGCCAAACAACGUAACAGUGUUGGAGCUGGAGCAUUCUCCAUGCAGCACCCAGCUGUGUGAGAUAGAAUUUGUAGACAAACCUAUUAUUAAUGCAACCACACAGUACGAAAUUGAUGCACCACCCCUCUUUGUUAGAGACGUGUGGCUGAGCCAUCUAUAAUGAUUUGAGUAGUUCCUUGCGUUCCCCCUACUUUGCUUCCCGUUUCCUUUAAACACAGUUCCCCUUUUUUAAGUCAGUGUUAAUCAGUACAUUGUCUAGCUGAGACAACUUUUUAAAUUCUUUGAAGACUUUUUUUUUUAAGCUGGCCAGAGUUAAAUACACAAAUUCUCUUGAAAAAGAAAAGUUGUGACUUCAGAGUUUGCCUUGGACUGUGAAAUUGAGCUCAUCUAGAAGAUAACUGUCAUAUCAAAGUCUACUAAAAAUGUGCUCCUGUAGGCUGUUUGCAUUACAGAAACUCUUUUAUGAUUUUCUUUUUACUGUCUUUUGCAACUGGAGAGAAGCCUACAAAAGGGCUGUACAAUCCUACAAACCUGCUGCUUGCUCACGUGGCCUGGCAGGCCAGUGCUGCCAAUGGACUAGACACUUGCAACUCUUUUUUUUAUUAUUAUCUAUUUAGUAUCAGAAUCAUUUUAGUCUAUGCUGACAGCCAGCAUUGAGUGGACCUUUUUUUUUUUUAAACUCCAUGCAAAUUGGUUUGUUAUGGGAGCAGUGAGAACAACUGUGGAAGAGAGCACUCACCCAAGCUGAUCCGUUUAGCAGCAAUGCAGACUGUGGAGAGAGACCUUGUUUCCUUUCUGCUUUCUCCAAAGAUUCUAAUUAAAUUGACAAGUACUAGGACAUGCAUGAAAUUUAGGUUGUUUUGCUUGGACCAUAGUCUCUAGUUAACUUAUCUGCAGAAUGUAGUUGUAAAAUUUUUUAUUUUUAUUUUUUUCUGACAUGGAACAAUUCUUUUUCAUAGGCUAGAAACUUGGAACUAGAGGGUUUUAAGUUAAAGAAUUUGAACGCUUGUAUUCAUUAAUUCAUAUCUUCUGUUUUGUUCCAGUAAACUGAUCAUCUUUGUAAGUGCCUGUUACUUGCAAAGAUAUGCAGUUGAUGUCAGAAAAGCUGGCAUUCCACAGCAGAUUGAAUCGUCUCUUUAAUUCUUAGGGUUUUGUUAUCAAUCAUGCAAACUUCUUGUGAGAGUUAAAUAACAAAAGAUUAAGACAAAAAUAUUGAAUAUUUUCACAACCUGAGGUUGUUCCCUUUAGUUUUUUUGUCUGACAUCAUUAAAAUGGUUCUUUAAAGAUGAAA